AUGGCCAAGCGGCGAGAUUCGGACGAGGAGAGCGGAGAGCUGAUCGGCCCUGCUGCGGUCCAGCGAGAUGAGACGCCGUAUCCCGGGAUGGCAAAAAUGGACGGAUUGGAGGAAAGAGGGGGAAGUGAACUGUCUUUAGAGGAGAUUUUAAUGCUCUACAGCCAACCGAUAAACGAAGAGCAGGCGUGGGCAGUGUGUUACCAAUGCUGCAUAAACCUGGCUCAGGGACAUAGGAGGAAUUCUGGCCCAGCUGCCGGUGCAUCAGUGGUGGAUACUCCGAAAAGGAUUGAGGGACCUCGGGAUGUGAGGAUUCAGAAAGACGGAGAUGUCAAAUUUCAAUAUGAAGGCUGUGAUGGUAAAUCCAUCCCAGCCACAUCAACAGAGGUGAUUGAGUCUCUGGGCAUCAUGAUCUACAAGGCGUUGGACUACGGACUGAAGGAGAGCGAGGAGCGGGAGCUGAGCCCACCCCUGGAGCAGCUCAUAGACCUCAUGACCAACAUGGGCGAGGCCGAGAGAGACGCCUGCCCUGACGAAGGUUACGAGGCCACCGAGGAAGAGGAGGAGGCCGAAGACGACCCCAUCAACAUCUGUAAUGUUCGUGGCUACAGGGACAUCCUGAGGAUGUGUGUGUCUCACCUCCCCAGCCCUGGCGACGCCCCCAGCCACUACCAGGCUGUGUGCCGUGCUCUCUACGCUGAGACCAGGGAGCUACGCUCCUUCCUGGAGAAGAUCAAGAGUGCCAAAGAGAAUCUUCGGAAGAUGGGUGGCGAGCCGUCUGAGGAUCCCAGCAGAGACCUAAAUGAGCUCCAGAAUGCAGACUGGGCUAAGUUCUGGAUGCAGGUGAUGGGAGACCUGCGGAACGGGGUGAAGCUGAAGAAGGUCCAGGAGCGCCAGUACAACCCUCUGGCCAUCGAGUUCCAGCUCACGCCGUACGAGAUGCUCAUGGAUGACAUCCGCUCAAAACGCUACAAACUACGCAAGGUCAUGGUAAACAACGACAUCCCACCAAGGUUGAAGAAGAGCGCCCAUGAGGUCAUCCUAGACUUCAUCCGGUCCAGACCUCCUCUCAACCCUGUGACAGCCAGGAAGCUGAAGCCCCAGCCCCAGGUUCCUCCCACUCUGCACGAGAGGAUCCUGGAUGAGAUCAAAUCUGAGAGGAAACUGAGACCUGUCUCUCCUGAUGUGAUCCGCAGGAGCAGGCUGGAUGUGUCCAGCCCUGACGGCCGCAGGAAGACUUCCAGCACCAUGACCCUCAGCAGUCUGUCCAAUGGGGGGCCAGGGGCACCAGGGGGUGGAGCCCAGGCCCUAUGUCAGAGGAAGAGGCUGAAAGCACCCACCCUGUCAGAACUGGAGAGCUCCGACUCUGACGAUGACAUCACCAUUGGGGGUCAAAAGUCAGCUAGUAGCUCCAGUGUCUCUACAUCGGUGGUGGACGACACCUCUCCAGAGUCUGUACUGGGCAGGAAGACUCCACCCAUGUUCCUGCCCAUCUCCUCCACCCCCCAGCCUGAGAGACGGCAGGCCCCCCAGAGGAGACACUCCAUUGAGAAGGAGACGCCCACCAACGUACGGCAGUUCAUACCCCCAUCCAGACAGAGCUCCAAGUCUCUGGAGGAGUUCUGUUUCCCGGUAGAAUGCUUAUCCCUGACGGUGGAAGAGGUGAUGCACAUCAGACAGGUGCUGGUCAAAGCAGACCUGGAGAAGUUCCAACAAUACAAGGACGUGUACAACGCUAUGAAGAAGGGAAAGCUUUGCUUCUGUUGCCGAUCCAAAAGGUUUUCCUUGUUCACCUGGUCCUACACCUGCCAGUUCUGCAAAAGGCCUGUGUGUUCACAGUGCUGUCAAAAAAUGAGGCUGCCCUCCAAGCCCUAUGCCAACCUGCCCAUCUAUUCCCUGGGCUCUACCACCACUCUACCCAGGGACCGGGUAGCAGCCCUGGGGAAAGCUGCCAGUAUAGCUGGUCCAGCAGCAGCAGUUUCAGCAGGAAAAGGAAAAGCAGCAGCCUCAGCAGCAGCAGCAGGACCAAGCAGAGAAGCAGCAGCCCCCAAGCCUGAGAAGCCCUCUACCAGCCACCAUCGCCUCAGCCUUCAGAAGACCAUGUCCAAGUUGUCUAAGCACGGUAGUCUGGAGAAGUCCCAUUCCCGUGACGAGGUGGAGCUCCCAGCGGAGCUGACGCAGGACUGGAGCACCAUGGAAGUGUGUGUGGACUGCAAGAAGUUCAUCCACGACAUCAUCUCCUCCAGCAAGCACAGCCUCUCCCUGGCCACCAAGCGGGCGCGCUUAAAACGCAAGACCCAGUCCUUCUACAUGUCGUCCCCCAAGGGAGCUGAUUACCGACCCUCGGAAAGAACAAUCAACGAGGUCUAGACUCUCCCCUCGUCAUUGUCUACCUUCUCCACUGUCUUCUAGCUACUUCCAGAACUUAUGGCACAAUACAGAACUCUGACUGACUGGGUUUUGAUCUGGAUGACCGUGCUGCGAUCCGGCCUAUACCAGUAGACGUGUCUAGUUUAGUCUGUCUGUCGAUGCUGUCAGAGCGGGCUGUGGACCUUUACUUUUCCUUGGAGGAAUGUGGACUGUGUAGUCAGUGCUUGUUGCUAUGUCCUCUGAUCGUCGCAUACAGUACCAGUACUUUCAGACAAAAGGAUACUAGUCCAUUUUUAUACAAUAUUUUGCUCAGUAAUGUAAAUGUUCCCAUAAUGUUCUGCCAUAGAGAGGUGGUUAAGGACACUGAAUGAUCAAAUGUGUAAAGUAUGAGGUAUUGUAAAUAUUCAAAGUGGUAUGGCCUCAAUCACCCCCUAUACUGGCACAAUUGGUGGAAUGUGGUAGGAGCUACUCGCCCACAGAAAAAUCAAUGAGCACAAGGCAAAAUAACGCUCCAUAUUUGAAUUCCUCAGGCUGUGGUAUUCUAUUGUAGGAGAGUAGGUGUAAUGUUAACAACACAAGUCACAUACUGAGAGCUGUGAACACCUUAAAGUGGAGACAAUAUGAGACAAAAGCAACAAACGAUUGAAUGACGACUUGAAAGGAUAUGGAACUGUAGAUGUUUUUUUACAAGUUAUAAUUUUCUAUGGUAUGGUAUACAUGUGUACAUAUGGUUCGGCUUAGAGUCAGGUGGUUUGUGAUGAAAAGUUGUCUCCCCCUUUUUACUCUUCUUGACAUGUUCAGGUUAUUUUUAGCUGACGGUACAAUAAUGAGUUAUGCUCAUUGAUGUUCUCUGGGUUCUGAGCGGUCUUGAUGAAGCAUCAUUUUACCAUAAAGAAUAACAGGUAAACAAACAGCGUGUCACUUUGCUCAAAGUUGGAUCAUACCCAUGAAGGUAGCCCAAACCUCUCACCUGUCUCUCCGUAGGCGUAGGGUCUACAGGAAUGUCAUGUGUCAGUGUUAGUGCCAAAAGAUUCCCUUCUGUCUAAACCAUAAUAUAAAACCCAAAUAAGUAUUUUUUUCUGUUGUAAAUACUCAUUGACCUCGCUAUAGAUCGCCAUCGCAGCUCCCGAUUAGAGCAUGCUUCUCCAAAAGACGUCAGACUGCUGAAUAUACUAACUAUAGAAAUAGAAUGAAUAGAAUGGGCGUCCCCAUUCAAGUCAAUGAUGGCAUAAUGGGUGGACUGGCAGCCAUUUUGAGUGUACCCAUGCCUAGGUCACAAAUAUAUAGGUUAAGACAACGUCGUCAUAAAUCUGGGAACAGUGCCGUUGCUAACUACCAUUGUUGUAUAUUAUUAUGGGAUAUUAGAAUCCCGUUGUCUUAACCUUUGUCAUCUUCAACCUAGACCCAUGCCAGGAAGUAAAAUCAGGAUGUGUACCCUUCAUACUGUGCUGUGAUGUUUUGUUGAGUCAACUCAACUGACAUUACAAAAAAUGUAUUCCAUUGCUUGAGUCACAUCAGUUAGCGUCAUUUGAAUGAACAGUCUUCAUUACCAUGGCAAUCCAGCAUCAGUUGAUAGAACAUUCCAAAUAACCAUGGAAAUUAUCGCAUCGCAAUACCAUGGAGCCAUUGUGAGUGUACAGAUGAGUUUACCAGUCAAAUUUCCAGAGUUAGCGCUUCCAAGCCUGUUCUAUUCAUUCUAUUUCUAUGAUACUAACGCUAUGCCAUGAUGAAGGAACAGUAUUGACACAGUAUUUGUCACUGGUAGUUGAACACACCCGAUAUCAUUGAGCAGGUACAGUAAUUGUGCUAGAUAAUCAUAACAAAAGCAGACACAAACAGUAGAAAUCACUUUUUGUCAAUAUUUUGUAUAGCCUGUGCCCCCAAAAAUAAUCUAGUCUGUCCCAGUAACAAGCAUGCGCCCCCAGAAAUAUAUGCAUAUAUGAAAUGAUCUCAAAUUGUCUUUCUUUGCUUUACAAUAGUUAUGGUAUGAUUUAACAUGCUUAAAACCACCCUCUGUUUUAUUGUAUAGGCAGCAAAGAAUGGUAUUACACGCUACUCUACUGUUCAACUCAAAGCCUCAAAAUGAUGCCUUCAUGAAUUUGUAUAUCAGUUGUGUGUGACUGUGGUGUGUCUUAACCAUACAGUUUGUUUCUAAACCAGAAGCAGAAGCAUAUUUCGGGAGCCAGGAAUCAGGAUGUAUGUAUAUUAAAGUGACUAUUACAAAUCCAGUCUUGUUCCUUAUAUUUCUGCCUUAAAUACACUGCCUUCUUCUCUCAUCAUUAACAUAUUGUUGUGACAGAUUGAAUCCACAGCGACUCAGCAUACUGUAUGUAAAUAUUAUUUAUAGUAAUGUCCGUCCAUAGAGCAGGUCUGUGUUUCCUUGACACUUUACAUAACAACUAAAAUCAUUUAGACUUGGGGCUAUUAACUUAGCCUAGAACCAAACUAAAUUGCUCUGUUUGGUAAAGUGAAACAGAACUAUUCAGUUAGGAUCCAGGCUACUAUUAACUAGCUUAGAGAUUGUUUCUCACAAAACAAGUCAUUGCAGGACAAAAUAUGGACUACAAUAAGUUGAGGUGAUCUACUGUGUGGUACAUAAAAGAAAGCCCAAAAUGUGACAGCAACAUGCAUGUACUGCUGUGUAGCUUGUAUCUUUAAUCUGUUCAAACCUUCCAGAUGUAACUCCCUCCCAGAGAGUUGAAGAAAUGAUGACAAAGAAUAAUACAAAUGUAAU